AUGGCUUCGAUCUCGAGGUUGACAAUCCUCGGCUGCGUCGCUGCAGUCGCACGCGCACAAUUUGUCAAGCGCGGCACCGAGACUGAGAGAUGGGAACCGGCGCGCGAAACGGAUGGAAUCAUGAACCUGGACCCCAUGGGCUGGACACCGAAGCCAACAUCGGCUCCGGAAGCCAAUGCAGUCGAGAAGGAGCUGCGAAAGAGGGAUGGCACUAGUACUUGCGGAUACUAUUCCGGAUACUCAUCUUCUGCCGCUGUCGUCUGCCAAGGCUCAGCGCAGUGUAUUGUUAAUGACUGGGAUGCGGUCAUGGGAUGUUGCGCCUCUGCAGACAUUAAUGACUGCAAUAUUUAUACUUCUUGCCUUCCCUCGCGAUCUGCCGCCUCAUUUUCGGGAACCUACUCAGACUAUACGCUCUUUUGCACGGAGUCAGAUUAUCCCAACUGCGUCACAUAUUCUUAUGACAGCUACGACCCCUUGUACGCUGGAUAUAGCGCGCUCGGCUGUGGCUAUGCUGCCGGCGUCUACUCGGUUGAGUAUUAUGCUCCCAUCCUGGGAAGCGCAUUGACCGGCUCCUCUACAACCAGAACCACUCACACGUCUUCGAAGACGCGAAGCUCGGCAACCUCUGGCGACGACAGCCUUCCGGGUUCCACAUCAGCCUCCUCAUCGUCGAUGUCAACCACCAGUAGCGGAAGCACAUCAACCUCGACUGCUGCCGCAGCAGCAUCUUCUUCCUCGGGAGGUUCUACCGGCGCCAUUGUUGGAGGUGUUGUCGGAGGUAUUGCCGGCCUGGGAUUACUUGCCCUCGGCAUCUUCUUCCUCAUUCGCCAGCACAAUAAGAACAAGCAGCAGCAGCAGCCCCCACCGCCAGCCCAGAACAAUGGCUAUUUCCCGCCGCCGCAGCAGCCCAGUCCCGGACCCCACGACUCCAUGUACGGCUCCGGCCAGCAAAUGGCCCAGGCAUCUCCGCAGCAGUUUGCCGGCUAUCCCCAGGCAGCCUACAUGCCGGGCCAGGACCCGCGCGCCAGCAUGGCCCCUUCGACGUAUUACGACCCUCAUUCGCCCAAACCUUCCCAGUACGACAGCAUGAUGACCGGAUCCGUCAGUCCGACUGGCAGCCCCCCACCCCCCGCCCACACGCCGCCUCUGGCCGCGGGCGUCCACCAGCCGCAGCAGUAUCAGGCAUAUAAUCCUGCGCAGGCUGGUCAAUAUGCUCACUACAACCAGCCGUACGGACAAGUUGCCGAGUUGCCGGCCAGUCGACCGGACGGUGAGCUAAGGGAGCUCGCAUAG